AUGUCCAGCAGUCGACACUUCUCCACGAUUAUCAUCACCUUCCAUACUCCUCGCGCUGAUGGGAGUCUAUCCUCAGCUACCAGCAGCAACCUGGACCUAGAGGUGGUUUUCAUUGACCAUCACCAACACCGACUGGGCCAGUAUCCCGACGUGCUCGUCCGAACCCUCAACAGCUGCUAUCACAACCUGCAGCAUGUGGACAUCGAGGAUGAGUUCGAGAGCACCAACGCCGCACUCUUCGGCGCUAGCCCACAAACCAUGCUCUCGGUGGGCUCAAAUCCCCCCUUGGAGCCAGCAUCAUGGAGUCAGGCUCCCGCUGGAUCGCCCGAACGACCGCGGUUCGAAGUUAUCACGCAGGACUGGCUUCGCCUUCCUUCCACCCGCCAAAUUAGCAGAAUCAGGCAGGCCCACUGCACCGUGGAAUGUGCGAAUGAAGCGGUGAUGGAUCUUGUCGCCAUGUAUCAUGGCGGGUUGCUGGACGGUACGGGCGAGAACUUCGUGGAAGGGGGGCCCGCGAGCGAAUGGUGCCCAUGUACUUUGAGACAGAGGGAGGUGGCAUGGUGGAUAGACCCUGUUGAUGCCACUUUGCAGCUGAGUGGGUGCAGUAGCGACGGGCAUCGAUUUCGUGUUUAUGCCCGGCUGCGAAGGUAA